UUCCUUUGCUACGUAGAUCCACUGCGUGCAGUUCAUACACACGUGUGGCAAAUUUUUUAUGUUUUAGUAGUGAUCAAAAGUAGUGUGGAACAGUCUGAUAAGAACCAGAGAAGAUGUCGGGAGACGUGGAACGGCUGUUGAUUCAGUUCCAGGAUGAGACAGGGGAGCCGCUGGGUUCUCCUUUUGACGUGCCCCUUGACAUCACACCUGAUAAACUACAACUAGUCUGCAACGCACUGUUACAGAAGGAGGAGCCCGUCCCUCUGGCUUUCUUUGUGCGUGGCGAGGCAGAAGUUGUGGAGAGUCUGAGGGUGUGUGUGAAGGCGCUGGGGGCGGAGACUGAGGCGGUCCUUCCUGUAGUGUACCAACCCCAGGCUGUGUUCAGGGUCCGGGCUGUAGCUCGCUGCACCUCCUCACUACAGGGACACACUGAGGCCGUCAUCUCCACGGCUUUCAGCCCCACCGGGAAGUACCUGGCCAGUGGUUCAGGAGAUACUACAGUGAGGUUCUGGGACCUGACCACAGAGACACCACAACAUACCUCCAGAGGCCACUCCCACUGGGUGCUGACUAUUUCCUGGUCACCUGAUGGCAGGAAGCUGGCCUCGGGCUGCAAGAACAGCCAGAUCUGUAUCUGGGACCCCGUAACCGGACAACAGAUUGGGAAGACUCUGACUGGACACACCAAGUGGAUUACAUGGAUCUGCUGGGAACCUCUUCACCUUAACCCAGAGUGUCGGUACCUGGCCAGCAGCAGUAAGGACGGGUCGGUGAGGGUUUGGGAUGUAGUCCUGGGUCGCUGUGAGAGGAUCCUGACAGGUCAUACCCAGUCAGUGACCUGUGUGAAGUGGGGUGGAGACGGACUGCUGUACACCUCAUCACAAGACCGCACUAUCAAAGUCUGGAGGGCCACAGAUGGUGUCCAGUGCAGGACUCUGCAGGGCCACGCCCACUGGGUCAACACUCUGGCUCUCAGUACCGACUACGUGCUGCGAACUGGAGCCUUCGAACCGGCUGACGCUACAAUCAACCCCCAGGACCAGACUGGGACAUUGGAGGAGCUCAAAGAGAAAGCCUUACAAAGAUACAACAAAGUUAGGGGCUCUGCUCCAGAGCGGCUGGUUUCGGGCUCUGAUGACUUCACCCUGUUCCUGUGGAGCCCUGCAGAGGACAAGAAGCCUCUGGCCAGGCUGACGGGUCACAGUGCCCUGGUCAACGAGGUCCUGUUCUCCCCCGACACGCGCCUCCUCGCAUCCGCCUCCUUUGACAAGUCCAUCAAGAUCUGGGACGGGCGCACUGGGAAGUAUCUCCAGUCUCUGCGUGGUCAUGUGUCUGCGGUCUACCAGGUGGCCUGGUCAGCAGACAGCAGGCUGUUGGUGAGUGGGUCCAGUGAUUCCACACUGAAGGUCUGGGACAUCAAGACUGGAAAACUCCACACCGACCUGCCUGGACACGCAGACGAGGUGUUUGCUGUGGACUGGAGUCCAGAUGGUCAGAGAGUAGUCAGUGGAGGCAAAGACAAGUGUCUUAGAAUAUGGAGGAGGUAGCCACACCACUGUUCCUCACCAACCAAUCAUGUGCCUCGCUUGCCCCUGGCUCCACCAAUAAGGAUGCCAGGAUGACUGACAGGAGGCAGAUACUUCCUGGUACUGUGCCGCUUUUAGUGUGAAACAACCACCAUGCUUGCUGGUUUCUGCUGCUCGUUGUGAUUGGGGUGAAGUAUACUCCCUGUGUGAGGCAGGGAGGUGGGGGGCAGCAACUUGACAGCAGGCAGGUUUUGGUGUAGAACAGACUUGUUACAGCUGGUCUGGAACAGGCUUAAUAAAGGUCUAAUACAUCCUGCCUUGGGCUGACCCCGCUGACCAAUGACUGCCCUCACAGGUAAAUGUUUGUGUCCACCCAUGUUGAGAAGAGCUCCACUCUCAUCAGCUGGUUCAGUCUUCACUAAUGAAGCCUUCCUGACUGGAGUUAAUCUUCUCCGUCAGUCAUCCAGCCGCUGGGGCUAAGCUCCUCCUACUCUGCAGUAAACUUCCUGUGUCCCCUUUGCCUGAAGAUUGGGUUUGAGUCUGAUUCAGUACUUUAUGUAUUCACACUAUGUAAAUCAGUGUUUCAUUAUUAAAACAGUAGAUACCUGA